UGUCUUUUCCGGGUCAAACCUGUCAUUACCCCGCCUCUCUCGUUCCACAGUCCUUCCGGUCUGACCGCCAUCAUAGACAGCAGAAAUGGCUAUCCGCUACCCUAUGGCUGUUGGCCUUAACAAGGGCCACCCAGUCACUAAAAAUGUGACUGCCCCCAAACACAGCCGCCGGCGUGGGCGUCUGACCAAACACAGCAAGUUUGUCCGGGACAUGAUCCGUGAGGUGUGUGGCUUUGCUCCAUAUGAGAGGAGAGCCAUGGAGUUGCUCAAGGUGUCCAAGGACAAGAGAGCCCUCAAGUUCAUUAAGAAGAGGAUUGGCACUCACAUCCGUGCCAAGAGAAAGAGGGAGGAGCUGAGCAACGUUCUGGCUGCCAUGAGGAAAGCUGCUGCCAAGAAGGACUAAUCUGUCACUUAAUAAAAGUUUUCUAAACUCUGAAA